AUGCCUGCUGCUCAGCUGACAGUGGUGCCACCGUUGCCGCGCCGCCUCGUCCUGGCCGACCUCAAGUACUUCCUGCCGGGCGUUGUGCCGCUGGAGAUGGCGCCUUCGCCGCUGCUGGAGCUCCCGGCCACCGUAAUGCGCUUCGGCUCGGCGGAGGAAGCGCGUGGGGUGCUGCGGCGCGGAGUCGACUUCAGCAUCAACAACGACAACUUCACGCUGUUCCAGACGUUUUGGACGUCUGAAGAGCGGACGUCACCGGCCGGCGACGCGGUGGCACCCAGCCGCUUCGCCGACAGCCAGGAGCUGCGCUACUCGCUGCGCUCCCUGGAGCGCUUCGCGCCCUGGGUGCGGCGCGUGUACCUCGUCACGAACGGCCAGAUCCCCGACUGGCUGGCGCUGGACAGCGCGCGCCUCACGCUCGUCACGCACGAGGAGAUCUUUCCGGACGCGUCGCACCUGCCCACGUUCUCGAGCCCGGCGAUCGAGGCGCACCUCCACCGCAUCACCGGACUGUCGGAGCGCUUCCUCUACUUCAACGACGACGUGCUGCUGGGCCGGCCCGUCUGGCCAGAGGACUUUUACACGUCCGGCGACGGCUACAGCGUGCGCCUCGCCUGGCGGCUGCCCGACUGCGCCACCGGCUGCGCCAGCCUCUGGCUGCGCGACGGCCACUGCGACGCUGCCUGCAACACGCUGCUGUGCGACUGGGACGGCGGCGACUGCGCCGACGGCGCGCCAGAGCCGCGCACCGACGGCGACGCGCCGUCGACGCCCGCCGACGCCGACGGCGACGCGCUGCUGCCGCCCGACGACGAGGACGCCUGCGCCACCGGCUGCGGCGACUCGUGGCUGGGCGACCGCUUCUGCGACAAGAUGUGCGACGUGGCCGCGUGUGCGCACGACCUGGGCGACUGCGGCGCCGUGGCGCGGCUGGGCCGGCUGCUCAAUGCUUCGGGCGUGUGGGACGCCGAGCUCGAGCGGCGGCUGCGCGCGGCCGAGCGGCGACUUCCCGACCGUAGCGGUCUCCUGCGGCGGCGACUGGAACUAUUGGUUCGCGCGGUCGGUGUGCCAUCCAACAUCACGAGCUGGCGGCCGUCGAAUCCCGAGCCCGUUGGCAAUACUUCAGCCAGUGAGCGAGUAAGCCGGCGUUUGCUCGCCGUGGAGCCGGCAGGCCGCCCGGCAAGCAGUGACGCACCCACCGUACACCCCGCCGGCGGCGCAUCCACCGGACGCAGGGCGCCGGACCCGGAGCCCGGCGACGCCUCGUCCUCGGGCCGCCGCGCGCUCGACACGUACGGGGCCAGCCUGCUGCACGUCAAUCGGCUGUACACGCGCCGCUACGGCGCGGAGCAGAGGCGCGCCGUGGCGCACAUGCCGCACAUGCUUGAGCGCGCCAUCGUCGCCGAGCUGCAGGCGGCGUUCGCCGACGAGUUCGUGCGGACGUCGGCGGCGCGCGUGCGCUCGCCCACCGACAUGCAGUUCGCGUUUGCCUACUUCUACUACCUGAUGUCGGAGCGCGUGCGCGCGCCGGCCGGCCAGAUCUUCGACGAGCUGGACACAGACGGCUCGGGCACGUGGUCGGACCGCGAGGUGCGCACGCUGAUGACGCGCCUGCGCCCGCUGCCGCUGACGCUGCGCGACAUGGAGCGCACGUGGGCGCUGCUGCGCGACUGCGCGCGCCGCGCGCCGCCGGAGCCCGAGCUGAGCACACCGCCCGGCGAGCGCUACUUGGACUCGGACCUGCCCACCGUCAGUCGCGCUGCCGUGCUGGCCUGCGGCGAGCUGGCGGAGGAGCUGGAGCGCGCGCUGGGCGGCCGUCCGCGCUUUCCGCACCGCGUGCUGCCCGCUGACGACGUGACGUUCACGAUGGUGCGUGGCAACGCUAGCCACCUGGUGGCCGAGCUGGACGCAGUGCGGCGUGCGCCGCGCCGCUUCCUCUGCCUCAACAACAACGUGGGCGCGGCGCCGCCGGCCGAGCUGCGGCUGGUGUACGCGCUGCUUGUGGACUUCCUGGAGGCGCUGCUGCCGCGGCCGUCGCAGUUCGAGCUGCCCGCUAACUACCGCAAUCGGUUUCAGCACGUGGCCGAACUGCGGGUCUGGGAGCGGCACCGGAGGUGGCUGCGCGCGGCUACUGCGCUGCUGGCGCUGCUGCUCCUGGCCACGCUGCUGCACGCACAGCUGCAGCGGUUGCUGCGCGCGUUGCACCGCCGCUGCGCCGGCGGUCGGCGGCGCCGCGCCGCGCAGGAUGUGUAA